AUGGAUAUGCUUCCCAAGUGUCCUGCCAACUAUGUACCACUUAGUCCCAUUACCUUCCUCCCUAGAGCAGCUUCCGUGUAUGGAAACGACCCCUCUAUCAUCUAUGGUGGAACCAAGUUCAUGUGGAGUGAGACAUACGAGCGUUGUCUUCGCCUUGCCUCUUCUCUCCGGUCUCUUCACAUCUCCAAGAAUGAUGUGGUCUCAGUCCUGGCCCCAAACAUUCCAGCUCUUUAUGAGAUGCAUUUUGCUGUGCCCAUGGCUGGAGCUGUCCUAAACACCAUCAACACAAGGCUAGAUGCAAACACCAUUGCCACCAUUCUCAAACAUUCCGGUGCUAAGAUCUUCUUCGUUGAUUACCAAUAUGUGUCACUGGCAACCGAUGCAAUUGGGUUACUAGUUCCCAACUCUAAGCCAUUAGUAGUUGGUAUAGACGAAAUCGAUUCCCCGACCGGAAUUCGCCUAGGAGAGCUCGAGUACGAGCAACUCAUCCACCACGGCAAUUCCCGGUAUAUUCCGGAGCUGCUCCAAGAUGAAUGGGAUCCAAUUGCGCUCAAUUACACGUCCGGCACCACUUCGGCACCUAAGGGAGUUGUGUAUAGCCAUAGAGGCACCUAUCUAAGCACCAUGAGCCUCCUACUACAAUGGAAAGUGGGAGUGGGUAGCGAAGUAGUGUACCUAUGGUCACUCCCCAUGUUCCACUGCAAUGGGUGGACAUUCACGUGGGGUGUCGCCGCUCGCGGCGGCGCCAAUGUGUGCAUUCGCAACACAUCUGCCCCCAGCAUGUAUAAGGCGAUUGCCGAACACAAGGUGACGCACAUGUGUUGCGCGCCAAUUGUGUUCAACAUCCUUCUCGAGGGAAGCCCGGUGGAGAGUCGUUCCAAUGGGCCAGUGGAGAUACUCACCGGUGGUGCACCACCACCGGCACCAAUACUAGAGAAGAUCAAAAAACUAGGGUUCCAUGUGACACACGCUUACGGGUUGACGGAGGCGACCGGACCGGCGUUAGUGUGUGAGUGGCAAGCCAAGUGGGAUCACCUGCCAUGCCAAGAGCAGGCGAAUCUGAAAGCCCGGCAAGGCAUCAGUGUUCUUAGUUUGGCUGAUGUGGAUGUGAAAAAUUUGGAAACCAUGGCUAGUGUUCCAAGAGAUGGGAAAUCUCUAGGUGAGAUUGUGCUGCGUGGAAGUAGCAUCAUGAAGGGUUACUUCAAAGAUCCAGAAGCAACUGCUAAGGCCUUCAAGGAUGGAUGGUUUCUCACAGGGGAUGUUGGUGUGAUCCACCCAGAUGGGUAUUUAGAAAUCAAGGACAGAUCAAAGGAUGUGAUCAUCUCUGGUGGGGAAAACAUCAGCAGCGUUGAAGUGGAAUCUCUCCUAUAUAAGCAUCCAAGAGUGUUGGAAGCUGCAGUUGUUGCAAUGCCUCAUCCACACUGGGGAGAAACCCCUUGUGCUUUCAUAACACUCAAUAGUGAAAAGGGAGAAGUGAAGGAAGGAGAAGAAGAAGGAGAAGGAGAAAUUAUUUCAUAUUGUUUAAAGAAUCUGCCACGUUUCAUGGCUCCCAAAAGGGUUGUGAUAAUGGAUGAGCUCCCAAAGACUGCUACAGGGAAGAUUCAGAAGUUUCAGUUGAGAGCUUUGGCUAAGACUUUUACUGUUUCAGGGAGCUCAACAAUGACCCCUCAAAGCAGGAAUCAGAGAUCACAGGAUAAACUUCAGAAGCCAUUAAUGGAGGAACCUGUAUCAGCCAUGUCUCGCCUUUGA